UCAAAGCAAUCCCAUUUUUUUAUUCUUAUAUUUCCCUGUGCAACCAACCCUGUCUCUAAUUGUUGAUCUCAUUCUCUAUUUAGAUUUUUGAGCAUCUCUUUCUCACUUUCUCGUUAAGUGCAAGAAGGGUUUGUGGGAAGAACCAAUAUAUUCAUUCACUCAUGCAAAAGUGAGGGAGAAUUUAAUUCCUUACCACUCCUUAACAAGUAGUGGCAUGAGGGUAUAGCAAGCUUUAGAAGAGACAAGUUUCCCUUUUGUCCCUUUUAUUAAUUAUUACUACUUUAAAUCCCUCUCUUGACUCAAACGUUUCUCUCUCGAUCUCUUUUAGUUUUUGUUCCAUUUUUUUUAAUAGCAGAAGAAGAGGGAUACAACAAGGAAAAGAGGGUCUCCAUAAAUGGAAUGAAGAGUGUGGAAGAGAAGAGGAAAACAUUAAGGAAAUGACUCAGUGCAGUGAUCUUGUAAACAAUCGUCAUAACAUCAUAGUGGAGGGACGAAAGGAUAGUUUAAUUAGAACUUGUCCUACGUGUGGCCAUCAUAUCAAAUGCCAAGAGCAGGGUGGUGGAAUUCAUGACUUACCUGGACUACCUGCUGGAGUGAAGUUUGAUCCCACAGAUCAAGAGAUUCUUGAACAUUUGGAAGCGAAGGUUCGUUCUGAUAUUCAUAAGCUUCACCCUCUAAUUGAUGAGUUCAUUCCUACUCUUGAAGGCGAAAAUGGAAUCUGCUAUACUCAUCCAGAGAAGUUGCCAGGAGUUAGCAAAGAUGGCCUGCUACGCCAUUUCUUCCACAGGCCUUCCAAGGCAUACACAACAGGAACAAGGAAAAGGAGAAAGGUGCACUCAGAUGAAGAUGGAAGUGAGACACGUUGGCACAAAACAGGUAAAACUAGGCCAGUCUACAACAGUUCCAAGUUGAAAGGGUACAAGAAAAUUCUUGUGCUCUACACAAACUAUGGAAAGCAAAGAAAGCCAGAGAAGACAAAUUGGGUCAUGCACCAAUACCACCUUGGCUGUGAUGAAGAGGAGAAAGAAGGGGAGUUAGUGGUUUCCAAAGUUUUCUACCAAACACAGCCUAGACAGUGUGGUUCCCUAAUCAAAGACUCAUCACUUCCUGGGAAACAUAUGAAGGGUCAAAGUGUGCAUCAGGUGGUAAGUAACAACAAAAACAAUAAUGGGUUUGUUGAGUACUAUCAUUCAAAUUUCAUAUCAUUUGAUCAAGGUGGCCAACAUAGACCUACCACUGCUCAAGUAAUUUCCCAUUUUCCUGUCCAUGAAGGUGCUCCUUUCAUUCCUUGAAUGAAGUGAUGGAGAGUUAUUACAAGAUGAAAAUAUAUUAAAUAUAUACAUAGAAUUCAUAAUACUGAGGCAUCACAAUUAUAUAUCAUUGCAAAAAUAAAGUAAGUUAAUAACAUAUACUAUAGUUAGGAAGGGAAUGAAAAGGUGGGAAAUAAUAAGGAGAGAAAUUGUGCUUCAUUUGAAAGCUAAUGCAUAGAUACUCAUAUUAAGGAAGAAAGAGACUGGGGAAGUAAAGAAGAAGAUUUAGAUAUAUAUGUAACAUUUUUCUUUCUUAAUUUUCUUCCCUCUCUCUUUGUAUUUUUUGAGGGUACGUAGUUUCUAUAUAUGUCAUGCUUUGUACAGUAGUGUCAAAGGCAUCAUGUCCUAUGAAUCAAGAAAGGCAUCAUGUCCUUGCUUGUGUAAUUAAAGACUAACCAUCAACCUGUACAAACAUGACUUUUACCCUAAAGAGUCUUCAACUG